AAGAACCUAGGCGGACGGCGGAAGGAGGAGGAGCAUUUGGAUUGGAAUUAGCAAGGCGUUGCGUGGGGGUUUAGAGUUGGAGGAUGACUUUCAAGCGGAGGAAUGGAGGGAGAAACAAGCACGGCCGUGGCCAUGUUAAGUUCAUUCGCUGCUCAAACUGCGGAAAAUGCUGUCCUAAGGACAAAGCUAUCAAGAGGUUUUUGGUGAGGAACAUUGUUGAGCAAGCUGCAGUUAGAGAUGUUCAGGAAGCAUGUGUUUAUGAAACUUACACUCUUCCUAAGCUCUAUGCUAAGAUGCAGUACUGUGUUUCCUGUGCAAUCCACUCCCAUGUUGUGAGAGUCAGAUCUCGUACUAAUAGGAGGAUUCGUGAUCCUCCACAGCGCUUUAGACGCCGGGAGGAUUUGCAAAAGGGUGGUGCUCCUGGUCAAGCUGCACGCCCUGUUGGAGCACCUGCGGCUGCUCGUGGUUGAAUUGCAUCCUGCUUGUCUUCAUCAAUUAAUGUAUCGACUUUAAUUAUUAGUUCCAUUUUGGUAAUAGUGUAAAUCAUUGUUACUGCUCCACUCCACGCCAGAAACCAGCGGCAGUGAUAUUAAAUGAUCAACUUUGAGGAUUGUACCAAAGAUGUUUGUUUUAUUCUUUGCUUCAAAUAGGACGUUGUUUGCAUCUAGUGGUCUUGUUCCUUGAUUUUUAUAUUCAAUAAUUGUUAUAGUUAUAA